AUGGAUACCAAGGGGCUCCUGUCCUUGAGCCUCCUGCUAAUUCUGACCCUGGCUUUUGAGCUGAGCUACGCAACAGGUGGGGGCGUGAUGAACUGCCCAAAGAUUCUCUGGCCGUUGGGAAGUGACGUGGUGCUGCCCCUGACCAGUGAACGGAUAAACAAAAGCAUGAACAAAAGCAUUCAUAUUCUGGUCACCAUGGCCGAGUCACCAGAAAGCAGCAUCAAGAAGAAAAUAGUAUCUCUCGAUCCAUCUGAAAAGGGCUCUCCGAGUUACCUGGAGGAUGGCUAUCAGUUCCACCUGGAAAACCUGAGCCUGGUGAUCUUGGGCAGCAAGAAUGACAGCGAGGGAUGGUACUUUAUGAGCCUGGAGGAAAACAUCUCGGUCCGGCAAUUUUGUGUGCAGCUGGAGCUUUAUGAGCAGGUCUCCACUCCAGAAAUUCAAGUGUUAAACACAACUCAAGAGAAAGACAAUGGGACCUGCAGCUUGAUACUGUCCUGCACAGCAGAGAAGGGGGACCACGUGACUUACACCUGGAGUGAGGGGGGCACCCACCUGCUGAGCUCAGCCAACAGCUCCCACCUCCUGUACCUUACCCUUGGUCCGCAGCAUGCUGACAAUGUCUACGUCUGCACUGCAAGCAACCCCGUCAGCAACAGCUCCCAGACCUUCAGUCCAGGGCGCAGGUGCGGUUUCAAGUCCUCAGAAUCAAGACAAUGGGGACUGUUUGCUGGACUGUUGCUAGGAGGCAUGGUGGGCGUCAUCAUGACUAUUGAAGUGGUAAUCCUCCUGUGGAGAAGAAGAGGUAACAAAAACCAAUACCAACCAGCCACGGAAGAAAAAAGCCUUACUAUCUACGCCCAAGUCCAGAAAGCAGGUACUCUUCAGAAGAAACCUGACCCCCUGCCAGCCGAGGACCCCUGCACCACCAUUUAUGUGGCUGCCACAGAGCCAGUCCAGGAACCAAAUCCCAUCACAGUCUAUGCCAGUGUGACCCUUCCAGAGAGCUGACACCACAGACCCAGGGAAGAGACUUUCCGAAGGAAAACAGGAGUACCAAAGACAAAAACACUGAACUUGGCCCCCGGCCCUGAGACACUGUGCACAUCUGUACCAUGUUCGCAUCCACGGUGUGGUGGUGUUUCUUCACCCAUGCCUGUGAGUCGGAGAUGGAGGUGGGUCUUCCCAGGUGUUCAGCCUGCUCUGCAGCCAACGCAGACACAGAACUGAGAGCUACUGGAUACAGUUUUCCAGCUUUAGUGGAGAACGUGAGUCCAGACUUCCAGACUUCUCACUCGUCCCUGGGAUGGACACUAAAAUUCAAAAACAGAAAGCCCGGACAUCUAGUGCCUGUCCCAGCUGGCCGACCAACAGCCCCAAAGUCUUGUUUGUCCUUUGUCCUGGGAACGGAUCCAGAUCACCUUCCAACCGGAUCAAGGCUCUGCACCUCAGUUUCUCUCUCUGAAGAGUGAAUUCUCUUAUACAUAAAACACUCUAAGACUGCUCUAUAAAAGAAGCUAAGAGAUUUGAUAUUUUAGAUGCAAAACCCAGGAGCUUAAAAAAAAAGUCAAUAAACUGAAAGAAAGACUUUAAGGUCUUGGAGCUUUGAACAGUAGAAUGGAAACCUUCUAAGGUUUUUAAAAGUAUAGUUUUGCACAAACAACAUUCUGUUGUUGUUGUUGUUGUUGUUGUUGUUGUCGUCGUAGUUGUUUUUAAGUGUUGAGUGUUCAGUGAUUCUAAUAUAAAGUAACUUGAGAUACUCAGAGGAACUUGUUUGUCCCAAGGAGAUUUUUCACUUCCUAAAAUAAUUUUUUUAUUUGUUUAUUGCUACUAGGGAUGGA